AUGACUCUCCAGGCCUUGGAAGGCCAUCCUGGCCUAGGAGCUGAUGUGCUUGUCUCACAGAGCCUACAAGGGGAUGAAGAAGACAGCAGGUCUGGAAGAAAUGUCAGUGAGUUUGAGCAUACACAGGACCUGGAAACUCCUGAUUUCCCACCUCUCCUUCCUAUGGCCCCGUGGGGCUCUCAGGAGGGGCUAUCUCCAUGCUACCUGCUAACCGUGAGGGUCAUUCGGAUGAAAAACGUCCGGCAGGCUGACAGGCUGAGCCAGACGGACUGCUAUGUGAGCCUCUGGCUGCCCACCGCUUCUCAUGAGAAGCUGAGGACUAGAACCAUCUCCAACUGCCCAAACCCAGAGUGGAAUGAAAGCUUCAACUUCCAGAUCCAGAGCCAAGUGAAGAAUGUGCUAGAGCUGAGCGUCUGCGAUGAAGACACAGUGACACCAGAUGACCAUCUUUUGACAGUUCUCUAUGACCUCAAAAAGCUCUGCUUCAGGAAGAAAACCCAUGUGAAGUUCCCACUCAAUCCAGAGGGCAUGGAGGAGCUGGAGGUGGAGUUCCUGCUGGAGGAGAGUCCCUCUCCACCUGAGACCCUCAUCACCAAUGGCGUGCUGGUGGCUCGACAAGUCUCCUGCCUGGAGGUUCAUGCAGAAUCCAGAAGGCAGAGGAAGAAUAGGAAAAGGAAGGACCUCCUGGUAACAGUGACAGAGUCCUUCGAGCACACCCAGCGCAUCCCACAGAGCCUGGAGUCCUGCUGCCCAAACCUUGCCUACUUCCACUACCCCAAGUAUUUCCAGUCCCGGAUGCACGUAGACAUGGCCAGAAGCCAAGGGAGCUGUGGGCUUUGCUGCUGCGGCUCGCACAAGAGGAACAACGUUGUCAACCAGCCCCUGGAUUGCAUCACUGAUGGCCAGGCGGUGACCCUGCCUGCGGGAGAGAACUGUGAAUUACACGUGAAGUCUACACCCUGUCCCCAGACGUUGGACGUGCGGCUGGGCUACAGCCUGUGCCAGGAAGAGCUGGAGUUCCUGGAGAAGCGGAAGGUGGUGGUGGCCAAGGCUCUGAAGCAGGUGUUGCAGCUGGAGGAGGACCUGCAGAUGGACGAGGUGCCGCUCAUCACCAUCAUGGCCACUGGGGGUGGAACAAGAUCCAUGACCGCCAUGUACGGCCACCUGCUGGGGCUGCAGAAGCUGAACCUCCUGAACUGUGCCAGCCACAUCACUGGCCUGUCAGGGGCCACCUGGACCAUGGCAACCUUAUACCGUGAUCCUGACUGGUCCUCCAAAAACCUGGAGCCUGCCAUCCUUGAGGCCCGGAGGCACGUGGUCAAGGACAAGAUGCCUGCCCUGUUCCCAGACCAGCUCCGCAAAUUCCGGGAGGAGCUCCGGCAGCGCAGUCAGGAAGGCUACAAGGUCAACUUUACAGACUUCUGGGGCCUACUGAUCGAGGCCUGUCUGGGGGACGAAAGAAAUGAAUGCAAACUGUCAGAGCAGCGUGCUGCUUUGAGCCAGGGCCAGAACCCCCUGCCCAUCUACCUCACCAUCAAUGUCAAGGACGAUGUAAGCAACCAGGAUUUCAGAGAGUGGUGCGAGUUUUCCCCGUACGAGGUGGGCAUGCAGAAGUAUGGGGCCUUCGUCCCCACCGAGCUCUUCGGUUCCGAGUUCUUCAUGGGACGGCUGAUGCGGAGGAUCCCAGAGUCUCGGAUGUGCUACCUGCUAGGUUUAUGGAGCAGCAUCUUCUCUGUGAACCUGCUCGAUGCCUGGAAUUUUGCCCGAUCUUCAGAAGAGUUUUUUCACAGGUGGACAAGGGAGAAAGUACAAGACAUUGAAGAUGAGCCGCUCCUUCCUGAAAUCCCCAAAUGUGAUGCCAACGCCCUGGAGACCUCGGUGGUGAUCCCAGGGUCAUGGCUCUCCAAUACUUUCCGCCACAUCCUCACUUACCGCUCGUUUGUGUCUGAGUUCCACAACUUCCUGCUGGGGCUGCAGCUGCACACCAACUACCUCCAGAAUGGCCAGUUCUCCAAGUGGAAAGACACUGUGCUUGACAGCUUCCCGAACCAGCUGACACAGUCCGUGAACCACUUGUGUCUGCUGGACACUGCGUUCUUUGUCAACUCCAGCUACCCACCCCUCCUCAGGCCGGAGAGGAAAGCUGACCUCAUCAUCCACCUCAAUUAUUGUGCAGGGUCCCAGACAAAGCCAAUGAAACAAACCUGUGAGUACUGCUCUGUGCAGAACAUCCCCUUCCCCAACUAUGACAUCCAAGAGGAGGGGAAUAACAAUCUCAAGGAAUGCUACCUGAUGAAGAACUCCGAGGAGCCUGAUGCCCCCAUUGUGCUUUUCUUCCCACUCAUCAGUGACACCUUCCAAAAGUACAAGGCCCCAGGUGUGGAGCGAAGCCCCGAGGAGCUGGAGAAGGGCCAGGUUGACAUUUAUGGCCCCAAAACUCCCUAUGCCACCAAGGAGCUGACAUACACGGAGGCUGCCUUCGACAAGUUGGUGAACCUCUGCGAGUACAACAUCCUGAAUAACAAAGACCAGCUCCUUCAGGCCCUGAGGAUGGCAGUGGAGAAGAAGAAACUCCUGAAGAACCAGUGUCCCUAG